AUGAGAAAAAACAUAUGUAUACUAGGAUUCCCUCCUAUUUUUGUCUCGGACAGAUUCUGUGCCUGGGAUUUUCUGAGUAUGCGCUGUUUGUUUGCAGGCCAUAUGAGUACACAUACCAAGCUGGUCCAGCCGGAUGCCGGCAAAGCGUUAUGUGACAGGGUCGGCGCCCCGGAUGUACGAUUGGUCGGACGGAUAUGUGCAACCAUUGCUCCGACCGCCUUGUCUAACUCCGAUUAG